AUGGCUCUGUCACCUCCGCCGCGCGCCCUACUUUUUGAUGUCUUUGGUACCUGUGUCAACUGGCGCAAGUCGGUCGUUGACGCGCUGCAUGCUCAAUCACACGCAUCGUUGAAUUCAGCAACCGCCUCUUUGGCGUCCAGUGUCAGGCUAAGGGCGUCCGAUAUGUCACUUGAGCAUUGGGGAUUAUUUGCGCAACAGUGGAGAGAUGGGUAUAGGCAUUUUACGAGGAAGCUGGCAGAAGACCCUUCGAUACCUUGGAAAUCUGUUGAUGAGCAUCAUCUAACGUCGCUCAAGGAGCUCACGGUUGAGUGGAAGAUUGAGGGCCUGUGGAAUGAUGAGGAGCUUCGAUCCUUAAGUCUAAUAUGGCAUCACCUGGAACCUUGGGACGAUUCUGCAAUGGGGGUGGCGCUGCUUAACCGGCUGUUUUAUACAUGCACUCUUUCCAAUGGCAACAUCAGUCUCCUCUCGGAUCUCCGUGCGUUCAGCGCUAUCCCGUUUACGCAUCUCUUCUCUGCUGAGAUGUUCGGCACAUAUAAGCCAGCGCCGCGGGUGUAUAUUGGGGCCACGGAGAAGCUAGAUCUUCCGCCUGAUCAGUGUGCUAUGGUCGCAGCCCAUCUGAACGACCUGAAGAGUGCUAAGCAGAACGGAUUGCAGACCAUCUACGUCGAGCGUCUUGGUGAAGAAGAGUGGAGCGCGGAGGUCGUCGAGAAGGCGAGGCAGGAGGGCUGGGUGGAUCUUUGGGUGAGUCUUGGGGAUGGAAGCAAAGGCUUCAUCACGGUGGCAGAGAGAUUAGGAAUUGAUGUAACCGGUGCUGGUCAGGCAAGGAGAUUGAGUUCAUCCGCCCCGAUCGGGGUUGCUUAG